GCGGCCAUCCCCAAAAUGCCCCAGAAUACAGGAAAUCACACCUACCAAAUCAAAAUUGUUAGGGGGAGGACCCCCAGACCCUCCGUCCCUGACUGCGCCCCACCCACAAUUUAAUCACCAGCAGCCACCACUGGCGCUGCUAAUCACUCUUUAAGUCGCAGGUGGCAGUAUGUGGUGUGUGGCGUGCUGAUUGGACCGUGUUGGGCCUACCGGAAAUCCACUCAUUUGAUUCACGUGUGUUGUUUAACUUCACCAGGUCGGUCACACAACGCGUCCUCCAACGUUAGAUUUGCAACUUGGACAGGCAUGGACUUUCAGCUUAAUUCUCUAUCGUGGCUCGUAGGCCUAUCCCUUCUUAUUUCUGCACUCACGGAAAGCCAGUUUGCUAUGCGAUACGGCUCUAGUAAGCAAAGCUCUCCGCUUCCGAGACGCUUUGAAUUAAAUAAAAUCCCGCCAAAAUGGAGACCAACCCCAGUUGCGCCACCUAAAACAGAAACGGUGACGCGCCCUUCUUCCGUCUAUCACGGGAUCGCCGUGAAGUGCCACGCCGACUCCAUGGAGGUGGUGGUGCGGGCUGAUCUCUUUAACACGGGCCUCUUCCUAGAAGCCCAGCACUUACACUUGGGCUCCAAUGAUUGCACAGCAUUUCCAUCCGCAGAGGCAGAGCUCACCAUCCAUUUCAACCUGAUGGAAUGCGGCAUGAAGCUGUCGUCCACGGAUGACUCUCUAAUCUAUUCCAACCUAUUGAUCUACUCUCCUGAAGCCUCUGUGGACGGGUUGCUUCGCCUGGAAGGGGUGACCAUCCCUGUGGAAUGCCACUAUAAUAAGAGGUAUUCUGUGGAUGGUUCGGCGGUGCAUCCCAGCUGGAUUCCGUUUGGCUCUGCAGCAACAGCUGAGGACCAAAUGGAGUUCAAGCUGACACUUAUGACUGACGAUUGGAAGCUUGAGAGGGGAUCCCUGACGUACUUCCUGGGUGACCCCGUUCAUGUGGAGGCGUCCGUUAUCCUCAGCGACCACAUGCCCCUGCGGAUUUAUGUCGAGCACUGUGUCGCCACGGUGACCCCAGACGCAGAUGCGGCCUUGCGAUACGACUUCAUAGAACACCAUGGAUGCCUUUCUGACGCCUACCUGACCGGCUCUGGCUCCCGCUAUCUGCCCCGAGUUCAGGAGGACAAGCUGCGAUUCAAGCUGGACGCGUUCAUGUUCCACCAGGAAUUCAGCAAUCUGAUCUACAUCAGUUGUCAGCUGAAGGCUGUUCCUGCUACGACAGCGGUCAGCACUGAGAACCGGGCCUGCUCCUUCAUCCACAACAGGUGGCAGUCCGUGGAUGGGAACCACAAGGCCUGCGACAGCUGUGAUGUCGACCGGCAGUUUCUAGCCGCUUCCGCAGAGCAGAGUCCUUCCCUGUCGCCGACGAGACCCCUGGAACCUGUGGUCAGGCUGCCCGCGGCCCGCCAAGCCGAGGAACCUCGCACCGACGCCAAACAGGCUCCCGCAAACUACUUCCUUUUCCGCCCCCCCAGCCGUCUGAGGGCGUCCUCUCCGUCUGCACUGAUGAAGAGAGCCAACUCGGAGUGGACCAAGACCACGUCCUCUGGGCCCUUGGUCGUACUACCCUCCAUCGUCCCCACAAAGCCAGCACACUCUGCUGCCUCUCUCCGGCCAAUAACAUCUCGAUAGCCUGCAAAGGCACAGUCUGGACAGUGGGGGAAAAAUAGGUCAACAGUGCCUUCAAAUCCAGGAGCAGAUGAAUAUAUAAACCAACCACAAGCAUGUUCACUGAACAUUUAACCAAACUGAUAUAAGUAAUAAUGAAACUCCACUGGCCAAAAUCCAACCACAUAUACCACCAUCUUAAAAUUAUGUUUAUUUUAGUUUUUAAGUAAUUUUAUUUAUUAAUUCGCUUGAAGGACUAACUUUGGCCAAUAAUCUGUUUAUCACAGACGGCGGUAGUAGUUUUGGUUAUUAAAUGUUCAGUUUGACAGAUAAUUUUGUGCAUGCCCAUUUCUUUCAACACGCAGACAAUCGGUUGAAUUUGUGCACUUUGAACGGAUCGAUGUGUUCAGUAUUUUUUUGUCAUGUGAGAUUGAUGAGCUACUCUUCCUACUGACUACUCAUCCCAUGCAAUAUUCAUCUUUUUAUAUGGCAGAUGCAAUUUGUUAUGUCAUGCUCCCACCCAAUGCAAUUCUUAUUUGCCAGACAAGUUUGAAUGUGAACUCGUUGUCUGGGACCAGAUUGAUUAGUGUGGAUGUAGAUCGUCAUAGUAUUCAUGCUCCUGAUGAUCAUUGAAUGCUCCUUGCUGUUUAUCUGAAACAUCAUGUAGGCUUUACCUAAUUGAUGUACAAUACACAAAAAUAUGAUUCUGA